GGAGGUUGAGCACCCUUGAUGAUCUUGCAGAAGAUGCAGGCGGCAGACAUUUUGGUUGACAUUUGCCAACUGAGAAGUUUCAGGUGAGAUGAGACGAAGUUGUGAGGGUGUGUGAGUGAGAGAGCGGGGGGGAAGAGUGACGUAGCUUUCUCCCCUGGCUAAGGUGAGGUUCGAGUUGAGGCUUGGCGGGAAGCUGAGCUAAGGAGCUAAGCUGUUUAGGGCAAAAGGGAGACUUGUAGCGCUUCGGAAGAUAUAUCGAAUUACAGAUAUAAAGACGCCUUGAUUUCCAUGUUGCUUGACAGGUAGUCAGGCCCAAAAGACCAAGACCCUGUUACACAUCUUCUGCGGCGCAGCCCAAAACCCGGGCGCAGCAGCAAAAGACGAGACAGUUACCCCGCAAACUGCCCACUCUCAGUAGCCCCACGGAUCACGAAGCUGUGUUUGAACCCCGCCAUCCAGCCAUCACUGCCGCCUUGCCGCGCAAACUCAUACCUGAUCUACAUUUCUUAUUACACCUGCCCAGUCGCAACCUGUGUCGCAAACCUCCUUUCCUCUCCCCAGCUCCAUCACCAACCUACUGCAUCUCCUACACUGCCCGACAGAGUACCCUCUCCAAAAUGCCCCGCCACACCUUCCAACCAACCCCCCUCUUCGGCGGCGCCCUCACAGUCGACCUCCCCACCAACUUCGCCGACGUCUCCAAGCUCCGCCAAGUCCCCGACAACCAAGAAGUCUACAUCGACAAAGACGGCUUCACCUCCAUCAUAGUCGACAUCACCGAGCGCGUCUCCUCCUCGUCCUCGUCCGACGACCCCCUCGAGCGGGACGCCAAAGCCCUGACCACCCACCUCGAGGAGCUCGUCGGCGUCGAGGACGCGGCCGAGACGGUUCAGGUGUGGAAUACAACCGAGACUCAGAUCAGCCACCUCUCAGAAGAUAUCCCCGCUUACACCUUGAUCGCGACGCAAACACACAGGCAGCGAGAGGGAGAGAGACAGGGCGCUCCCGACUUUACCGCGCUGAUCCUGACGCUGAUCAGGCUGGAGAAGGAGCAGACGGAUAUCCUCGUGACGAUCAAUGUGCCGCACAUCAAGGGGGAGUAUGACGAGGAGGAGAUUGACCUGGCGAUGGGGAAGCAGGGCGAGCUGAUUGGGGAUGCGGUCGAGUAUGCGGCGAGGAUUUGGGAGAGUUUUGAUGUGAAGGAUUGGGGGUUGUUUAACGAGAUUUAGCGAGGAGGGGGACGGGAGCUUGGUGUCAAGUGAGAUUUAUGGGGAUGUGUGAUACCCGGGUGUUGGCGGUUGGAAGUGUUUAGAUAUGGUAUAUAGGUUGGGUUACCUGGACGGGUUGGGUCGGUCUUGCUGUUGGAAGGAUAAAUGGGAAUGGGGGUGUGUUUGUUAAAGGGACAUCUUUGACGAAGUCACGAAGUGUUUUUAUAUUGCCUUUUGAAUGCAUACCAUGAAUGAAGCGCAGUCUGCUUUUCUUGUUCGAAAGGCCAUCUUUGAUCAAUGUCAUGAACAAGGUUGUACACAUGUUCGAAAUGCUGUUAGUUGAUUGAUUCACUUAGCUUCUUAAAUCUGCUUUCUUGUAUGCAGCCUACAAUGUUCUAUCAGGGGUAUCUUAGUUUUCUUAUACAUAUUCCCAUCACCUCAUCACGUCAAAUCCACCACCUCAAUCUCCUUCUUCCCCCCUCUCACCGGCAACUUCACCUCUGGCGUCCCCUCCUUUGAACCCGCCACCAUCACCACCACCCCCCCAUUCCUCUCCUUCUCAGCCUUCCACCUCUCCGCCACAACCUUCAUCACAUCCUUCUGUUGCAUCCCCGGCUGCUCCGCCUUGACCCUCUUCAUCUCCUCCUUCAUAAAAAUCUGAGAUGGCAAAACUCGUGCGCGAGCACAUUGUACAACCUGUGAGGCGUGGUGAUGACCUUGGUCGACAACUCGAUAGAGCA